AUGAAAUCAAUCAAAACUAAAUUAAUUGCAAAUACUUCUUAGAUAGAGACAACAAUUAACAAUCACAGCAUUACUUCUCGUAAAGUUCCUAAAUUGCCUUAACUUAAUAUGAAAUAUAAUUAAGUUUUAUCUUCAUCAAGAAAACUUGUUAUAGAGGAGAAUGGAGUUUUGGCUUAGUUAAACACUUAAAAAAAGGAAUUGAUAAAAUUGAUAUAUGAAAGAUAAUUAGAUGAAGCUUUAGAGAGUAAAUGAUUAAUCCAAUACAAUAGUAACAAAAAAAUUGGUAUAACAAUGUAUAAGUUAUGAUGAUCUAACUAUAUUUGGUAAAUCAUUACAUUUGUUAGCAGACAUGUAUAUAUCAAACAGAGAAUUUAAUAAUGGCUUAUACAUAUUUAAUGUCUUACGUAUUUUAGCAGAUAUAUAAAAUAAUCAAACACUCAAAAUUGAAGCACUUAUAUAAAUGGGAGAUUUGUGUAAAUUACAGCAAUCAUAUCAUUUAAGCAAAAUAUAUUUUAAAAAGGCUUUGCAAUAUGUCUGGUAUUUAAAUGAUACAGAAAAUGAAGCAAUUAUUUAUGAUUAUUUUGGAGUACUUUAUUAUGUACAAGGUGAAUUAAGAUUGGCCUAAGAAUAUCAUGAUAGAGCCAUGAAUUUCAUUAAAGAAUCAAAUGAUAGUGCAGCCAAAAAUCAUUCUGUUGAAUCAAUUAAGGCAUAUAUUAAGAGAAUAAAUUAUUAAUCAUAAGUUAUGAAUAACAUGGUUUUAUCAAAAUUAGGUUUAAUUUAAGGAAAUGAGACAGAUAUAAAAUUAACAACUUAAUUAGAUUUUGCUACUUUAAAUAAUUAAAUUUUAUCUGAUUCUGAAUUCUUAGUUGAAGUAACAACACCAAAUAGACCUUAAAGAUGUGUAACAAAAAAUGGAGUACUAUAAAAAGAUAUAGAUAUGUUCGAAAAUGUUAAAAAAUUACAUGAAAGAUAACUAAAAAUAAAGUUCUUUGAGAAAAAGAUACCUGUAAUGUAAUAAACAAAAACUAUACUAAAAUAAACUAUAGAUGAAUAACUAGAAACAAGAAUUAAUUCUGAUUAAAAUAAGAAUGUACAAUCAUUAUAUGUAAUUUAGUCAGUUGAAAGGUUCAAGUAACACUUACAAAAAUUCCAUACAUUCAAAAACUUUCCUGAGAAAUUGGACAAAGUCAAUAUUAAUCAUUUAUCUCCAAACAGAAAUCUUCUAGGAUUCAAAUACAGUUUCAAGCCUAUGCGCCAUUAAUUACUCGAUUUAUUUAGUCAUAUAGAAUAAUAUAUAUAUUGA